GUGCCCGCCCCUCUCCUCUCUCCGCGUCCUCUUCUCCCGGGCGGUCCCGGCCGCAGCUCUGCUCUGGCCCUACCACCUGGGGCGGGCUCUUGAGCGCUGGGGGAGCCGCCCUCCCGCCCGCUCUCCCGCAAAGUUUGUGGCGGAGCCGGCGGCUGGGGCUGAGCGCGCCCCGGGGAGCGAGGGGGGCAACAACCGAUGCCGAACGGCAGGAGCAGUUGAGUCCGGAGUGGCCCGGGACCCGCCUCGGGGCGUCGGAGGAGCAGCCAGCCCGUCGCCGCCGGUGCAUGGGGCCGGGCUGAGCCGCGGCCAUGGGCAACUGCGUGGGGCGACAGCGCCGAGAGAGGCCGGCUGCGCCGGGACACCCCCGCAAGCGAGCAGGACGUAAUGAGCCGCUGAAGAAGGAGAGGCCCAAGUGGAAGAGUGACUACCCCAUGACAGAUGGGCAGCUGCGGAGCAAGCGUGAUGAGUUCUGGGACACAGCGCCUGCCUUCGAAGGCCGCAAGGAGAUCUGGGAUGCGCUGAAGGCAGCCGCCUUUGCAGUGGAGGCCAACGACCACGAGCUAGCUCAGGCCAUCUUGGAUGGAGCUAGCAUCACCCUGCCGCAUGGUUCUCUGAGCGAGUGUUAUGAUGAGCUAGGCAAUCGCUAUCAGCUCCCUGUCUACUGCUUGGCUCCGCCGGUCAACUUGCUUCUGGAGCGCAGUGAGGAUGAUGGGGUGGAACCUCCAGAACCAGCCCCCAGUACCCGGCGGGAGUUCCCUCUUAAGGUGCGCCUGUCCACCGGCAAGGACGUGAGGCUCAGCGCCAGCCUCUCUGACACAGUCGGGCAGCUCAAGAGGCAGCUGCAUGCCCAGGAGGGCCUGGAGCCUUCCUGGCAGCGCUGGUUCUUCUCCGGGAAGCUGCUCACGGAUCGCAUGCGGCUACAGGAGACCAAGAUCCAAAAGGAUUUUGUUAUCCAAGUUAUCGUCAACCAGCCCUUGCCACCCCAGGACUGACGUUCCCAGAGGGAGGGCAAGGAAAGGGGCUCCUUCCUCCACCUGGAACACCAGGCUUCCCCUCCUGCUGCCCUUGGGUACUGUCAUUCUCUUCAGGUGAAACCUUCCUUGGUUGCUGCUUUGUGGGCAGUGAAGGAACACUGCCAGCUGCAUCUGGGGUUACUUGACAAAGGCUCUGAGAAGCAGUGCUGCUACAUACAAGCCCCCAGAAAUAGGGUUUUUUGCUGAUCCCGGUGCAAGAAAUGCAGAGGAUUGCUCACUUCUCCUGGGUUAACAAGGUGGCCUUCUAGCUACACCUCUCCCAUGGCAGGGUAGGGCAAAUCACUUCUGGCUAAAGGGCCAGCAACCCAUGGCCCAUUGGGCCCAGAUCUAUCUAGUCUGGUGCUGUAGGCUGUGCUUACUACCAGCUUAUUCCUCAGGGUUGGAAGCAGCUUCUGCCUCCUCUCUACCCCCAGCUCUGUUGUGGGCAUGGUGCCAGCUCCCCAGUAGUGAAGGGGAACAACAGUGAGUCCCAGGGAGUGGUGAGAGCUGGUGAGGGCCAUCACCUCUUUCCCUGCCCCAGCACAAUUGGCAAGGAUGAGGGUGUAUGGCAAAGAUGUAGCCUGAGCCUUUCCAGAAUAUUUCUGGACAAAAUCAUCUUCCCAGAUGGAACCCUAGCAUGGCUGUCUCCAGGCUGGUUGUCUUUCCCAUGGUGGGUCCUUGUGUACAGAAAUAUUUGCAUAUUUAUCAAUAAAGCCUUUUGCUCCUUCUGUCUCA